AUGGCGAAGCAGAAGAAGGGACCCCAGAUUUUCAUCCUGAACGGCGCGGCGGGGUCGGGCAAAGACACCCAGUGCAAGCUAAUCGCGGAGAAAUACAACUUCGCCGUAAUCACAAUCAGCGCGCUACUAAACGAGUAUGUUUGGGAGAGUGAAGAGACAGGAGGGGGCACAUGUGGAAGUCAAGAUGACGAAUCCAUCGAUCAGAUGGAAAAGAAAAACGAAGACAUAAAAAGAAUAAAAAAAUGCAUGAAGGAUGGGUCAUUAGUGUCAGACGACCUUGUCAUAAAAGUGUUUAUGCACCGCUUAGGGAAAUACAUAAAUGGAGUGGAACCAUGUACAGGCAUUGUAGUUAAUGGCUUCCCGAGGACCUACGAACAGGCACUGUUGUUUGCAAAAAAUGGCAUAGAAGUUACGAGCUUUAUCAAUAUACAGGUGAAGAAGGACAACUUAAUGAGCCGAAUCAGUAACAGAAUGGUCGACCCAGUUACGAAGAUAAAUUAUAAUUCCAAGGAGGUGCAAGUCUUGUUGAAAAAAAAGAAAGGGGAAGAGUUAACUCUAGAAGAGGAACAGAUGCUAUUAUUAUCGUCUCAAGGGGAUGCAUUUAAAAAUAUAAGCGAUGAAGUCAUUUCGAGGUUGACCAAAAGAGCAGAUGAUGACGAGGCUACUUUUUUAAAGAGGUUUCAUUUAUAUCAACAGAAUGAGGAGAAGAUCAUUUCUCUUUUUCCCACAGUGUAUAGGAGUGUGGACGGGAAUGGGUCCAUCGAAGAGACCUUCGCGAAGAUAUGCGACAUCCUAGACGGGGGGUACAGAUACACACCGAUGAGCUCAAAAGGGGGGUAG